AUGUGCCUGGCCGAGUCCCUCCCAGACUACCGCACAUGGACUCAGCGUGAGUUUCUCCUCACGGAUGAGCCCGGGGAAUUGCCUGGCUUCACCCAGCAAGCCUACCACCAGCUGGCCCUGAAGCUGCCACCCUGCACAGACAUCAAGUCCAAGGUGCGCCACCGAAUAAUCCACCCUUGGGCGGAUAAAACCAAGCACACCUGGGGCUUUCACACGUGGCUUGACGUGGGGCGCUUGCCCGCCACCUUUCCCAGCAGGCCUGACAGACCCUAUGAUAGCAAUGUCUGGCGCUGGCUGACGGACUCCAGGGCCCACCGCCAUCCCCCAGCAGAGCCCGCCAUCCCCCCACCCUCCUGGAUGGGUCAAAACAGCUAUCUGACCUUCAUCAGCUGUACUCCUAUCUUCUUGAAUGAGAACCUGAAGAAACAGGUGAUUUUCAGGACAGUGAAAGAACUAAAAGAAGUGGAGAAACUCAAGCUGAGGAGUGAAGGAAGGGCACCUCCACUCGACACCGAUGGCAAUAUCCUGCCGCCAAAGAACUUCAGGAAGUACCAACACAUCUCAGCUGGUGGAAGGUUUGAACCCCUCGGCUUCCAGCUUCUGCCCACCCCACUUCCCAGUGAUUCUGCCAGGAGAAGGCUCUGCCCAAACCCUCUGCCUCACUACCAGGAGAAGGCGCUAAAGCUGGCCUUGUUGCCAAGUGCGCCCCUGAGAGAGGACCUCGUGAAGAACUACCAAACCCUGAUAAAGGACCGCAUUGCCUUGCCUCUCCACCAUCUCUCCAAGAACCCCAGAACUGGAGCUGCUGCAGAGCCGGCCGGCCGGUGGCAGGCCCCCAGCGACCUCUACAGCGCUGCGUUUUUCCAGCAGAGUCUCACUCCCUCUACCGUUUUCUCUGGGAAUUGGUGUCUGACGCGGCUGCUCUGCACAUUAUUUAUUUAUUUCCUCUUCCUCCCGCCCAGACCCUCCUGUCAGGAGAGCUGCAGCCCAAACGGAGACAGGCAGGAAGCUACCGGGACACAGGAGGCAGAGGACGGAAGGAGGACCUCUCAGAAGCCCCCACCCAGUACAUCAAGCUCAUCAAGUCUCCCAGUGGCCAUGAGCACCAGGCAGGAGACCAGAAGAGAGGGGGGAGACUCCAGCAGGAGGGGACAGGGGGCAGAGCUUCGGGACCGAGCCCACCUGAGCCAGCAGCGCCGGCUCAAACAGGCCACCCAGUUCCUGCACAAGGACUCUGCUGACCUGCUGCCCCUGGACAGCCUCAAGAGGCUGGGCACCUCCAAGGACUUGCAGCCGCACAGCGUGAUCCAAAGACGCCUGUUAGAAGGAAACCAGAGUCGGAGUCAGGGGGAGUCUCCCCUGGUGCAGGCCCUGAUGCAUGGCCAGGAGAACAGGAGGAAGACUAACACGCCAGAGGUUCCAGCUCUUCUGGUCAAUUGCAAGUGUCAAGACCAGGUUCUUAGGGUGGCCGUGGACACAGGCACCCACUACAACCAGAUCUCCACUGGAUGCCUCACCCGCCUGGGGUUAGGGAACAGGGACCUGGCGCCUGGACUUCCACCCCAGGUGCAGCAGCUGGAGCUACAGCUAGGCCAGGAGACUGUGGCAUGCUCAGCCCAGGUGGUGGAUGUGGAGAGUCCUGAGUUCCGUCUCGGACUGCAGACUCUGCUUUCUCUCAAGUGCUGUAUCGACCUGGAACACCGAGUGCUGCGGCUGAAAGCCCCCUUCCCAGAGCUGCCCUUCCUGCCUUUGUACCCAGAGCCUGGCCAGUGACUGCCGGCCCCAUCAGUCCCCAGGGGGCAGUCCUGUGACUUAGGGAAGAGCCAUGUGGGGUAUGGGGACAUUACUACAGCCAGGUAGCUGGGGAUCGCUUUGUCUGUGCCUUCUGUCACCACCCUGAUCCUGCUGUUCCAUUUCCCUGUCGGCCACAUCUUCUCUGCUUCUUGGCGACUUCGCUAUCCCCCAGGAGUUUUCCCAGAGAGGGCCCAGGAUCUCAGGGCUCUGGUUUCCCUGUUCUCUCUCAUUCCCCUCCAGAGAAGAGCAAAGCCAAACCAGGUCUGCAGAAAAUGACACAGCGUCCUGGCCAGUGUGGCUCAGUUGGUUGGGUGUCAUCCUGUGCACAGAGAGGUUUGCCAGUUUGAUUGCCAGGCAGGGCAUAUGCUCAGGUUGUGGGCUCGGUACCCGGGGAGGGACAUGCAGGAGAAGAUGUCUCCCUCUCACAU